AUGCAAGAACAGAAAAGAGGCAAAUAUCUCGGACUUCCAACGGUGAUUGGGAAAUCAAAAAAGGAAGUGUUCCAAUUUGUUGAAGAAGUAACUCAUUCAAAGAUCUUGAACUGGAAAGGUAAAUUCCUAAGUGCUGCUGGUAAGGAGACCUUAAUCAAAUCAGUCAUUAACUCUCUGCCGGUUUACAUCAUGUCAUGUUUCAAAAUUCCAAAGGCGGUUUGUGAUAACAUUAACAACAAAGCUAGGACUUUUUUGUGGGGAAGAGCUGAGGAAGGUUAUAAAAAACUAGCUUGGGUAAGUUGGGAGAAGAUGUGUGCUACAAAAAAUCAAGGUGGUCUGGGAUUCAGGAAUCUUGAAGUUUUUAGUGUUGCUCUACUAGCCAAACAGCUACUAUGGCGCCUUAUUAUCAAACCUAAUUUGUUGAUGAGCCAGAUAACGAAAGCAAAAUACUUCCCUACUGGUGGCAUUCUUAAUGCUAGAAUCAAACAACAGGACUCUUGGAUCUGGAAGAGUUGGGCAAAAUCUAGGGAGGCACUAUCUAUUGGCUUAAGGAUGAAAGUUGGGGAUGGAAAGAAUAUCAGGAUCUGGGAAGCCCCGUGGGUUCCUAAUCUGGUAAAAUUCAAGCCUAAAGGAAAAUUUAGCAGAGCUUCUAAAAUUGAGUGGGUGAGUGAAUUGCUUUUGGAGAACAAAAAAGAAUAG